AUGGGUCGGAGGGAGGCGGUGCUACGAGCAGCAGCAGACGAGCUAGCGAAGGAAGGGAUCGAGGCCUUGCCUGUCAUGGGUGAUGUGAGGCGAAAAGAAGACGCACACAGCGCCGUGGCUGCUACUGUGGAGAGAUACGGCCGCCUAGACGUUCUCAUCAAUGGCGCCGCUGGAAACUUUCUGGCAGCUGCGGAAGACCUUUCAGUGAAUGGCUUUCGAACAGUGCUUGACAUCGAUGCCAUGGGUACAUUCAACAUGUGCCUGGCUGCCAGGCCAUUCCUGCAGAGGGGGGCGCGUGGCAGGGCGGAGGAGGAGGGAGGGGGAUCCAUUAUAAACAUCAGCGCUACUCUGCACUACACCGCUGCUUGGUACCAAGUGCACGUCUCGGCUGCUAAGGCUGCAGUGGAUGCCACCACCCGGUCCUUAGCCCUCGAGUGGGCAACGGACUACGGCAUCCGAACCAAUGCGAUAGCUCCGGGGCCGAUAGGUUCGACGCCAGGCAUGGCGAAGCUGGCGCCGUCAGAGCUGGGCAUCGAUGCCGGGGAGCUCAACCCGAUGCAGCGCAUGGGUGACCCUUGGGACAUUGCUAUGGCUGCUCUCUACCUCACAGCAGACACGGGGAAGUAUGUGAACGGAGCAACGCUGGUGGUGGAUGGGGGGGGCUGGCUGUACCAGCCGCGUGUGUUUGACAAGGAGGUCAUCCGGGAGGUGUCGCGUGCCGUGGAGCGCCGAUCCAGGCAGGUUGUAUCUGGGCCAGGCGCAUCUGGUUCUUCACAGGGUCAACACCGGAGCAAGCUUUGA